AUGGCCAGCACGGAAGAUGCACGACCCGACGAUUACCCCCACCUAUCCAGACCCUGUCGGUUGAUGAACUCUCACUACGACGUGGUCGUCGUUGGAUCGGGGUAUGGAGCCGGUGUUGCGGCGAGUCGAAUGGCCCGAGCUGGCAAGAGCGUAGCCGUUCUCGAACUCGGAUGGGAGAGACGACCCGGCUCGUUUCCAGAUUCUCUAUGGCAAUGUCUGAAGGAAAUCAACAUCUCAGGGACCGCGCGCUGCCUGUCCUCGGACAAACCCACUCGUCUGUUCCAGUUGAUGCUAGGUGAUGGACAGCACGCCCUGGUUGCUCAUGCACUAGGUGGCUGCUCGCUCAUCAACGCGGGGGUCUUUCUAGAGGCCGAUCAACGCACCUUGCAGAUGAGUGCAUGGCCCCCGGAGAUCCGAAAAGACCCCUCCGUGCUGCAGCCUUACUACUCACGCGCAGCAGAGAUGCUGCAGCCUUCUCCAUACCCAGAUAAUCAUCCACGUCUAGCCAAACUGGACAAUAUCCAAAAGCAAGCAGAGUCGCUUGGAAAGGCACACAGCUUUUACCGUGCGCCCCUGACAACGUUCUUUCGUCGCGGUCGGAAUCACGCUGGUGUUAUGUUGCAGGGGAAUACGGGAUCAGGAAACGAAAGUACCGGAUUGAAUGACGGAUCGAAAAACUCCGUUGCUACGACGUACCUCGCGGAUGCGUGGAACUGGGGUGCCGAAAUUUUCUGCGGCUGCCAGGUCCGAUACAUUGAGCAGGCACCCGAUCAUAAGGGCUAUGUGGUGUACUUUGCCUGGCAUGGGAAGGGAAGGUCAGCAUUUGCGGAAGACGUCCAAACCCAGCUGUUCUGGGUGAAAGCCAACGAUCUGUGUUUUCUCGGGGCCGGUGCGUUGGGGACAACUGAGAUUCUGCUUCGUUCGAGAGACUACGGCCUUCCGAUUUCACCGAUGGUCGGAAGAAACGUGUCCGGAAAUGGGGACAUGCUGGUUUUUGGAUACAAUGGUGACAUGCAGGUCAACGGCAUCUCCGGAACCCAGAGACCCGGUCCGACUAUCACCGGAGUCUUGGAUUGCAGAGGGGAGGGCUUGUCCAAGAAUGUCCUUGCCGACCACGUCAUUCAAGAUGGGUGCAUCCCAAGACCCUUUAGCCCUCUUUUCCAGGCCGUGCUCAUGUGGCAGACAGCCCGACUUCUAGUUGCCCCAUCGCUUGCGGGGGGUGUACAGCAGUGUUGGAAGGUCAUCUCCAAUCUCACAAUCCGUCUAUUGAACCCAUCUAAAGGAGGUGCUAUGCAACGCACUUCGACUUACCUAGUCAUGUCACACGACAGUAACGAACUCACCCUCACCUUGGAAAAUGAUAGAUUACUCCUGCGAGGUCCCGCAGAGGGGCGGUCCGAGAAGUUUUCUGAAAUCAGAAACAUGCUGAGAUCCGUGGUAAGCCGCGCAGGUGGAAAGAUUGGCUUUUCACCUUUAUCUGGUUCCCAGAAGGCCGAGGUCACUGUCCAUCCACUCGGAGGGGCCAACAUGAGCAGAGAUGGCACAGGCCGUGAAGGUGUCACAAACCAUCUAGGCCAGGUGUAUAAGGGGCACAGAAGGGAAAAGCACGAGGGGCUCGUGUGCUGUGAUGGCUCGGUCGUGCCGACUGCAUUGGGCGUGAAUCCCCUUGCCACAAUAACUGCGCUUGCUGGGCGAUCGGUUGAUUUGAUUGCCAAGGAGCAUGGAUAUUCUAUUGAUAUGGCAACACCAAACGGGAGUCUUGAUGCUCUGUCGCAGCCAAUGGUAUCACAUCGCCGGGAGAUCGAGGAUACGUCCAUCGCCAAGUCACUAUCGCCAAUUAGAUGGCAGUUCACUGAGCUUCUCGAGGGUCACAUCAGCACACGGCCAGAUGAAAUGGACUUUGCAGUAUGCGAGACACUAGGAAAGAGUUCAUCGUCUGCGAUGCGGAUGUUCCUCACCAUUGAGAUUUGCCGGAGAACAGAUACGGGAGGGCUGCAAUACGAGGGGAUCUGCACCGGAACGGUGUCUUGCAGGGCGCUAUCCCGAGGGCCGAUGAGAGUCGUAAAUGGCAAGAUCCGGUUCUUCGUCCAGCCAGCAGAGCAGCCAGAUUCGACAACUCUCACCUAUUCGUCACAGUUUAUCUCACUAGAGAAUACCCGGUACCAUCUCGAGGGAUGCAAGCAGAUUGAUGCAACGUCCUCCUUCUCCGUAAGCCGUAUGUGGGAGGCCACUACCAAGGUCAAUGUCCGCAUCACACGGGAUGACGGGAUGAAAGUAGCAGCUGGUGCUCUCCACAUCUCAUGGCCGUCGUUCCGCCGGCAGAUACGAACUUUCCGGACAACAGAGCCCUUCAGACUGAAUCUGCUGCCGGCGCUGGUCAUGUUUCUAAUCUACUUUGCAUUCCAGCUAGCGAUCUUCUUCUUUCGUCCUCUCUCGCCAGCACGAAAGUCUCGCCGCUCCUCUCACGUUCCUAUCAGCCCUAAACAGCAACCAUCGGCCACUCACCUACUGCAAACACAAGAUGGCAUCACCGUACGCCUGGAGGAAUACGAGCCACAGCCGAGAGCAGACCAGAAAGGCCCUGAAGCCCAGCCAGUCCUCUUUCUACCCGGAGUUACUGGCAAUGCCGCACACAGUACCUUUGCGCUACCAUAUCUACGCCGCAACAUGGUUGAAUAUUUCACAGCACGCGGAUGCCGAUGCUACGUCCUAACACCUCGCUGGGGCGACAACCCCACCGUAGCAGCCAGCUGCACUGUUUUCGACUGUCGUCUAGACAUCGCAGCAGCCCUACAACACAUCCGCCACCAACAAAAACAGAAACCAUACAUAAUAGCCCACUGCCAAGGCUCCGUAGCCCUCGCAAUGGGUCUCCUCGACGGCACCAUCAACCGGAGCCAGCUCCUCGGCAUCACCGCAAACUCCGUAUUCAUGAACCAGAAGCUUGCACACUGGAACUCAAUCAAAGCAGCCACUCCCAUUCUAAUCCGUCUCUACCAGCUGAUCUCAGGCACAUACUACCCCAUCGGCAACCGCCCCGACAACAGCCCUAUCCAAAAAAUACUCGACAUGCUGAUACGCUUCUACCCUGUCGAAAACCGGCGCGACAUCUGCACAUCGACCCAUUGUCACCGCACCACAUUCGCAUUCGGACUCUGCUGGAACCACCAAAACCUCGACACGAAUAUCCACGACCACGUGGGCCAGUUCUUCGGAGACACAUACACCACGAUCCUCGAGCAUAUCACGCGCAUGGGCACGCACGGAGCGUGCUUGGAUAAUCAGCUCCAUGCUCUGGUUACGGAGGAGAAUCUUGAAAACUUGCGGGGUGUGCCGAUUCUGUUCAUGUCUGGUACGGUUAAUGAGGUGUUUAUGCCUGAGUCGACGCUGCGGGAUUAUGAGAUGCUAAGACGGAGGUUUGGGGAGCGUUUGUAUCGGCGGUUUUUGGUCGAGGGGUAUGGACAUUUGGAUCCGGUUGUGGGGAGGAAUGCUGAUCGGGAUGUUUAUUGGAGGGUGUGGGAGCAUGUUAAGUGGUGUGGGGGGAAUGCAAUAACAUUCAACGAAAGACAUUCCUCUACAUCCCCAACCCUAAACCAUCUACCAUCCUCCCCACUCCGUCAUCACCACUCCAGAACCUCCCUCAAAUCCUCCACGCACCCCCUCAACACCCCCCAUCCUCUCCCCCACCGCAACCAGUAA